AGAUGUUCUAGAAAUGUGAGCUUGAACUUAAUUCUUCCUUGUUCCUUAGAUAAAGGACUUCUACAGAAAAAGUUUCCUUUGAAAGAUGAUGGUGGUUUCCAUCAAUGAACCACCAAGAAUGGACACGGACAGAGACCACAUGGCUGUGGGGAUAUUAGACCUCACCCUGGAGAUCAUCUACUUGAUAACUGGAGAGGAUCACACAGUAGUGAAGAAGUCGUUUGGUGAGUGUGUGACACCCCAUGUGUUGGGAGAAUGGAACAGGAGUCCAGGAGCCAUCACUGAGCCUCCACCUCAUUCACUGAUACAUGAGCAGAAGAUUGUAGAACUUACCAACAGGAUCACUGAGAUGCUGACCGGAGAAGUUCCUAUAAGGUGUCAGGAUGUCACUGUCUAUUUAUCCAUGGAGGAGUGGGAGUAUUUAGAAGGACACAAGGAUCUGUACAAGGACAUCAUGGUGAAGGAUCACCAUCCCCUCACAUCACCGGAUGAGUCCAAUAGGAGAAAUCCACCAGAGAGUUGUCCCAGUCCUCUUUAUUUCCAGGAUUGUCCAAAGGAAAAGCAAAAUGUCCCACUGGAUCAUGAGGAAAGUUAUGGUGGAACGACGCGUGGACCAGAAAACCCUACAUCAGAGUCAUUGAAUGGUGAAGACUGUAUGAGAGGCUCCGACUCACAUCUCCUUUUAUCGCUUGCUCAUACCGUAGAAGAGAAUCAAUCACGGAUUAGCAAAAAUAGAACUGUACAGAGACAGGGUAAAAUUUUUGCAUAUUCUGAAUAUGGAAAGAAUUUUAAAAAGAAACAGAAUCUUUCCAAUCAUGAGAGAAUUCACAAACCUGAAAUGCCAUUUUCAUGUUCAGAAUGUGGGGAAUGCUUUAGCCACAAAUGUUGUUUUCUGGGACAUCUGAAAACUCACACAGGGGGGAAGCCGUAUUCAUGUCCAGAAUGUGCGAAAUGUUUUAACCGUAAAUCACAUCUAGUGGUACAUCUAAGAAUUCACACAGGGGAGAAGCCAUAUUCAUGUUCAGAAUGUUGGAAAUGUUUUCGUCACAAAUCGGGUCUUUUGAGACAUCUAAAAAUUCACACAGGUGAGAAGCCAUAUUUAUGUACAGUAUGCAGGAAAUGUUUUCGCCAGAAAUCGGUUCUUGUGACACAUCAGAAAACUCACUCAGGUUAGAAAUCAUUAUAAUGUUUAGACUACAUGGAAUGUUUUAGGUGUGGAUCUCUAGUGUAGGACCUCUACAUGAAGAUGCCUUGUGAUCUACAGUGGGGCUUGAAAGUUUGGGAAACCUUCAGAAUUUUGCAUAUUUCUACUGAAAUUAAAGAUAAAUCAAACAAAUUAGUCAAAAAUGCUAGACUUGGUCAUUUCUUUCUUAUUUGAAGAAAAUGAACCAAUAACACAUGUUUGUGAGUGUCAAAAUUAUGUGAAACUAUGCUUUCAGUAGCUGGUGUGACCCCCUCCCACCCCUUUUUGCAGCAAUAACUGCAACUAAACGUGUCCGGUAAUUGUUGAUUAGUCCUGCAUGUUGGCUUGGAGGAAUUCUAGCCCAUUUCUCCAUACAACUCAAUUAUGUUGGUGGUUUUCCAGGUCACUUCAGGUACAUCUACAAUAUUUCUAUUGAAUUAAAGUAAGUACUUUGACUUGGCUGUUCCAAAACCUUAACUUUAUUCUUCUUUAACUAUUAUUUGGUAGAGUGACUGGUGUGCUUAGGGUCGUUGUCUUCCUUUAUGACCCACAUUCUCUUGAGAUACAGCUUAUGGACAGAUGUCCUGAAAUUUUCUUUUAGAAUUUGCUAGUACCGUAUAUGUAUAAUUCGGAAUUCAUUGUUCUAUCAAUGAAGGCGAAGCACUCCUGGCCCAAAUGCAGCAAAACAGCCCAAAACAACGACACUACCACCACCAUGUUUUACAGAUGGGAUGAGUUUUUUUAUGCUACAAUGCAGUGUUUUUCUUUUUCCAAACAUAACUCUUCUCAUUUUAAACCAAAAAGUUCUAUUUUAGUCUCAUCCAUCCACAAAAUAUUGUUCUAACCAGUUGUAACCUACUGGCUUGUUCAGGUAACCUUUAGCAAACUGCAGAUGGGUAGCAAUUUUCUUUUGAAAGAGCAGCAACUUUCUCCUUGUAAUCCUGCCAUUCACACACACUAUUGAUAUUCUCCUCAUGGUGGAAUAAUGAACAUGAACUAACUUACCUAAUGGUAGAAAAAUGUUUAGUUGCUUAGAAGUUACCCUGGGUUCCUUUGUGACCUCACAGACUAUUACACACCUUGCUCUUGGCAUGAUCUUUGUUGGUCAACAACUACUGGGGAGGGUAAUAAUGGUCUUGAAUUUCCUCCAUUUGUACACAGUCUGACUGAUUGUUGAUUGGUGGGGUUCAAACUCUUUAGAGAUGGUUUUGUAACCUUUUCUAGCCUGAGCAUCAACAACUCUUCUUUUGAGGUCCACAGAAAUUAAACAGGUCACCCACUCACACCUGAUGAUCAUCCCAUUGAUUAAAAACACCUGACUCACCUUCAAAUUAUCUGCUAAUCGUAAAGGUUCACAUACUUUUGCCACUCACAGACAUGUGAUAUUGAAUUCCAAUAAAUAAAUGACCAGGUCUAGAUUUUUACUCAUUUGUUUAAAUUGGUUAUUUUUAUCCACUUUUAGGAAUUGAGUGAA